AUGCUCUUAGCAGCGUUUAGAAUUAUUAAUUUUAUGUCAAUCAUUACAGUAGUUUUUAAUAAACAUAAUAUAGAAUUUAGUGAAGAUAGAUCUACGGAAAUAGAUUACUCAGAACUAGCAACACUAGCAGAGAGUAAUAAGAAAGAUGUACUCGGGUUCCUUAAUGAUGAAAAGGUACGCAAGAGAUACAGAGAAUUAUAUGACACGUUACUGGAUAACCUGAUCGGCACAAGACGAAGAGGUAACCCCUACAAUUCACUAGAAACACUAUACAAUUUUAAGUCAGUUAACAAUCAGAGCGAAUACGCAACAUCGACUAGACGUAUAGUGCAUGGACGCAACACGUCUAUAGCUGCAGUACCUUGGCAGGUCUCGCUAAGAGAAAAGACCUAUCCGAUUUGCGGGGGAUCCAUUAUCACGGAUAUCUGGCUGAUAACUGCUGCUCACUGCUUGAUUAAAGCACGUGCAAACGAAUUGAGCGUGCGCCUUGGUUCGUCCUGGAAAACACGUGGCGGCGAAAUGUACGACGUUAAAGAGUGCCAUGUUCACCCACGUUACAACAGCAAAACGAAGAUUUGCGAUGUCGGUCUAGUGCAGUUAUACUCUCCACUGCGCUUCUCUGCCAAAAUUCUUCCCAUUCGGUUGGUAGCAAAGGAAUCCAGACUUCCCGCUGACCAGCCAGCUGUUGUGUCUGGAUGGGGAAAGCUAAGGGAAGGGGGGCCUAGUGCUACGUAUCUUCAGUCUUCCACUGUAAAAACCAUUGCUAUGAAGCUCUGCCGAAGAUCGGGGCUUGACAGAAGGGCUAUUGAUCCCGCUUCCAUGUUUUGCGCUGGAUCUUUCAGUCAACCUGCACCUGAUGCUUGUCAGGGUGAUAGCGGAGGUCCAUUAGUACAAGAUGGCGUACUUAUAGGCGUGGUAUCUUGGGGACUGGGCUGCGCACGUGGAAACUUCCCUGGAGUCUACACGAGACUAUCGAGUCCUAUAAUUUGGGAUUGGAUUCAGAAUCUAAUUAUAAAGAAUUCGAAUAAAAAUGCGUGA